UGAUCGAAGCGAGGAGCUAGUUCAAGCCAGCUAUAUACAUUCGCGCAGUCAGUCCAUCGUAGACGGCGCGCGCUCACGACAUAUAUACGUACACUCCUCGUCGUAUUCUGACUCCGCUCAACCGGUACAAAAACGAACAAAGUGCUUCCUAGUUUAAUUUAGAAUUAAAAGGCCGACAUGCCGAACGGAAUCAGACUAUGGUGGGUCGCCGUCGCGCUUCUAUUGUGGACUCCUCAAACAGAAUGCCGGGAAGUUACAAUCGAGGAUAUCCGGGAUGUGCUGAUGACCUUAGUUCAUUUGGUGCGAGCAACAGAAGACAAACUGGAGAGACAUGAGUUCAGAGAGAAGAUGCUUGGGGAACAAGUGAAGAAGAUGCUGAUGGCACUUGAUAAAAAACAUAGAAUGCUAGAACCACUGAAAGGGAUGAUAUCGAGGCUUGAUCAAAGGCUUUCAAACGUGGAGACGAUUCUUCUACAGAAAGAAGAACGCGAGAAAGGUUCCCAAAAGAAGACAGAUGAAGCACUGGAAAGUAUCCAGAGAUCUAUACUAGCUCUAACGACGACAGUCACAGAGAAUGCCAAGGAAAAUAAAAAUACAGAAGUAGACAGUAAAUUAGAAUCCUAUGGAAACACUUUAGAACGACGACUUAAUGCUACUGAUGCCAGAUUAGAAGCUGUGAAAACUCAAAUAGAUAACUUGAAAAACACAAUAACUGAGGAUAACCUUCGAACAUUGUGCCAGGGAAUGGCCUAUGACGAAAAUCCAUUGAAGAAACACCUGACGGAGGCUGAGAAGCUAUUAAAUAAAUAUGAACUAAAGUUGGUUGAAUACAAUAGUACUUCGAACAAGAAUGAUGUUGAACCGAUUAAUGAGAUACCUUUGGCCGACGAGCAGUGGCACAGUAAGAUGGCUGAAGUAAUGGAGCGUCAAGAGAUAGAUAUAAAGAACAUUCAAAAGAUACUAAUUGACGCAGAGAGCAUGUGGAAAGAUUUACCGCGAGUUUCACAGAUAGAGCGUGCCCACAACGAAACUUUGGAAGCUAUUGUCAACGCAACAGAGGACAUAAAAGCUAAUGACGAGAAAUCUGUGGAUAAGGUGAACAAAGAAUUGCGUGCGAUGAGCGAUCGCCUUCAGGGAACUAAUGUGGACAUCCAGAAAAGUCUUACGCAGAGCAACACGCUGACAGAACGCGCGUUCAAUGACAUCUGGCGAAGCUACGACAUGCUGCGGAAUGAGAUGAAAACACUCACUAAGAGCGAAGAAGUCAUUUUACAAACCGCAGAUAAUGUGAUCGCAGCGAAGCAAGGUAUAGAAUACGGAGUUCAAAAAAUCCUUAUAUACGUGGGCGACCUCAUAAAAACGCAGACUAAAACUAUGAACAGAACUGUUAGCGAAAGAUUCGACGUGAUACAUUCCACGGUGAUAGACAAACAUAAUGGAACUCUUGUAAAUCUCAACUCAAAGAUAGAGAUGGAAAUGUCGCAAGUGUGGCGCCAGAUUGGCAUAAUGCAUCAACAGCUCACAGCAAGCCAAGGGUCACUCAACAAACUGACGGAACUAUCCGAGAGUUACACAAAUAGUAGUACAAUCACUUUGAACAAAGUGAAGGAUGAGGUUGGCAACGUCACUAACAAAGUAUUGGAAUUGGGUGAGAAUUUAAAUUACGUAUUGGGAAGACUGGCCCUCGUGACGCAGGAGUUCAGCCAAAUAUCAACAGGAUUGAGCGAAGCAUUAAUGAACUUGAAGAAUGAUGGGAAUGUUGAAGAAAAAAAAGAAAAAGUUUCAGGUCCUGGCCCUCACGAAAUUAAAACAGAAAACAAACCCUGAGUCGAGUUCGUCGAUGCCAAAUAUACUAUAAGAGUUAUAUUGUAACUAGUUGUAAGCUAUUACCAACUUAGUUAUUAAGACGACUGAAUUAGACACAAUGCCUUAAGUUCAAUAAAAAAUUAUAAACCUACCAUCAAAAGUUAGAUUAAAGAAAUGUUUCACACAAUAUGUUGUACUUCUUCUUCUUCUUCUUUGUCGUUUCCUCAUUACUGAGGGCCGUGUUGUACUUAACCUAUUAAAAUACAUAAAUAAAACGAUAGAUAUCUAUUAGCCAUCUCACAAUUCAAUGUUUUUUAUUGAGACUGACUUAAUGUCACAAAGGUGAGUAAAUUGACAAGAUUGUAAUGUAAAAUUACUAAAAAUAUAUCACGCAAUGUAUUGUUUUGAUCCGUUAAUGCUACUUUAUCAAUACACAAACUGAAUUAAAUAAAUAAAAAAAUUAAUAUGACUACUUAUGACGAAACGUAAGCUAAAAUUAAAUGGUCAACAGUGUUAAUUAAUACUAAUUAUAGUUAAAUUUAUAUACGUAUUAACAACUUAUAUACUAAGACUAAUAUGAUUUCCUAAUAAAAUAAUUUAA